AUGGCUCCCCCAUCCAAAUGUGAUGACACUGUCAGUGUCGUCGAGUCGCUGGUGACCGAGUCGUCAAUGUCGGGAAGCGACGUCUCCACGAGGUCCCCCCCGAAACCUCUCUCUAUCCUUGCCAUUGUGGCCAUGUUUCUCAUGAUCCUUGCAUCCGGGGGAGGCCUUUGUUUGUCAGCUCUUCAAUUUCGGCCUUCAAAGAGGGGCGAGCGGGAUUGUUUGAGUCAAAGUUUCAUCUUGUUUGCUUCCAUGAUCUCGCCUCUGUAUGUGGUACUGCACAUUCUCGUCUCGUUCCGCAACUAUCAGGUCGCCAAGAGGCAGUCGCUUCAAUCGCCUUUGGUGUCUUGGGCCGUCAUCGUGGCACGACUCGGGUUACUUCUAUGGAUUCCAGCUGCGAUCCUCUCUUCGAUAGCGAUGGCGCGUUAUCCCGGCUUCGUGACUCAGAGCCCGGUCACUGAGUUGAACGUGACGGUCUCUGCUGUCGGGAUUUCCGCCACUUUUGCAAUCAUCCUCAUUCUGGAGCUCGGAUCCCAUCCGUUCGAGCUACCCUGCUUCCGUCGCCGAAACACCAUAACGUGCCUUGUCAGCGCCUUUGAGAAAGACCUCAAGGAAGAGGAAUCCAAGCCCCCAAGUCAUCCCAACAGCCGCCCGGCAACCCCUCCGGCCUACUACUACUUCCCCGCCAACCACAGGCACACCGUCCCGGCACCGGCGCGCGCCAAACUCGUCCGUAAAGCCAGCUACCCCCGCCGCCGCGAAGACAUCCCGCCCGUCCCUGCCAUUCCUUACCCACACCCGGACUGCCUCGGUAUCAUGUUACCCAUCCCCGAGCCGCUACCGCCGCUGCCAGAACUCGCGACGACGCCGGUCCGGAUGCCGGCCAUCAAGGUCACGCCAGCGACGGCACCGGCCUGCCUGUGCCCGGGGAACGGGAAGUCCAUGGCGCCGGCGCCGAACAAGAAUAAGCCGUGUCCGCCACCGCCCGGGACGGCGUGGGCCAAGGACUGGGAACAGCUCGCCGUGGACGCCGGCGUGAGCCGGAAUGGGUCGCAAUCGACUGUGGGAACGGGUACCCUUGAUGGGAGGUCGGAGGCCCGCAGGACAGCAUUGAAGCCUUCUUUGCCUUCAAUCAUUGUCACUCAUAGCCCGGAGUCGGUUUGA